CACGACCCUAGCCCCGUGGAAAGUGAGAGAGGGAGACGACGGGCGGCUACAGGAGCUGACGGCGGCGGGGAAAGGAGACGGCGGCGGGGACUGAGCGAGCAAAUCACGACGGCACCGACGGGAUCUUCCUCCGGCGACUGGUCUCCGGACAGCAGGUUCAUUGCUCACCUCCCGUUCACCUGGAUCUAGGGUGGCCAAUGGGGGGGGGACGGGUCACAGAUGCGGCCGUGGCAGCAGUGGGAGGGGGAGGGCAGUUCGUCCGGGGGGGCCUUCGAGUCGCGGACUGGGGAGAGCAGUUCGCAUGUGCCCUUCCAGCCGCAUUUGUCGCCGGCGAGGAAGAGCAGUUCGCCGGCGCCCUUCCAGGCGUCGCCGGGGCGCUUCCAGCCGCGGUCCUUGCUGGUGAGGGAGAGCAGUUCCCUGGUGUCCUUCCAGCCGCAGCCGUCGCCGGUGCCCUUCCAGCCGCGGUUGUCGCCGGCGAGAGAGAGCCGUUCGCCGGCUCCCUUCCAGGAGCAGUCGGCAGAGCGCUUCCAGCCGCGGUCCUCGCUGGCGAGGGAGAGCAGUUCCCCGGUAUCCUUCCAGCCACCGUCGUCCCUAGGGACCAGGUUGCGGAGGAAGUCGCCGGUACCAUACCGCCACGAUCCAUUGGGCUACACGCCACACGAGUUCUGCCUUUGCAAACAGCCGGCCGGAAUAUUCAUCUCGUGGUCGAAGUUCCCAGGGAGGAGGUACCUCAAUUGCAUGCUUCCUCAAUCUGUCAAAUGUGACUUCUUCGCCUGGUAUGAUACAAAUCCUUUUCCUCAAUAUAUCACCAACUUGCUCGGGGACUUGCGAGACAAGCUUGAUGAGAAGGACGAUGAACUGGUUGCCUUGCGAGAACAAUUGCAGUCGAAGGAACAAGCACUCGAGGACUCUUUGGAAGAAAGGAUGCAUCAACUGGAGGUGAACCAGAACUGGUGUUAAUGCAGAAAACUAGGGCAUGUUAUCGAAGGUGGUUGCCGUGAGUACCAGCUCAAGGACGUUGACUGGACGAACAUUACCAUGGUGCUGAGUGGACCUUGACGGUGAAGCUGUUGUCGAGGAAUGGGCUCACGUCGAAGCAGAGCACGCGCAGGCGUGGACAGCGCGGGAGCAAGACGGCGAGGUCGACGCUGCUGCCCGGGAGGGACAAGCUUUCGAGCGCGUGGAACUCGACGGACGGCGCCGGCAACCUCUUCUUCUUUCCGAGCUUGAGGCGGAUGAAGUUAUGGGAGUUCAUACUCAGAUCGAUCGUGCAAUCUCGGUCGCAAAAGAUUUAGGGGCAAUUCGCCUCCGCAACCCAACAAAUCUCACUGUUCAAAAGUCUCGAUGUAAAUCAAAUGCCUCUAGUCCCAAACACGGCGGUAGUCAGACAAACCCAGGUCCCAGACACAGUGGUAGUCGGCGGCCUCCUCCGCGUCGAGCCGCUCCUGCUCCAGACACGACGGUAGGCUUAAGAUCUCCAUGAACAAUUGGAUCUGAUUUGUUCUCAUGCAAAAAGAUCAGAGCUGAACAUAUCUCAGCAACAACAUGGACUCGAACUUGCCACGUCAGAGUUCGCCUCUUAUUCGCACAUGGAAAAAAGUCUUCAAGGCUACCAUUUGGUAAGACCUCAUAGACCAGUGUAUAUGACGGUGAGCAUGCUCCUAGCAGAGUUACAAGGUUGGGAUGUCUCACUCUACCAUGGAUAACAACAGAACUUUGCAUCCCAGGAUCACAUGGCCAUCCAACUCAUUGUGAAGUAUAUGGAGAAUCUCGAUGCAAUUUUCAAUGAUAAUGGAAGCACAAGUUUCAAUUUUCCCAACACAGCCGCAUCCGGCGGCGGCAAGUGCCCGCGAGCACAGCGAGGCAAAAAUUCAAGCUCGAAUUUAGUAGGCAGAUGACAAAUAGGUAAGGUCUUUAUUUCCUUUGUUCAAUUUUUGUUCAGUUCCGGUUUUCAAAUUAAUUUAGGCCCCUGUAUUCAUAUGAUGUUUAUGUUUGUCCGAGAAAUUUUUUAAUUGCCUUGCGGCGCGCCCAGGCUUCGACAUUUUCCUAGGUCCGCCACUGAAUGACGGCAACCUGUUGAGCUUCCCUUGUGUCCUCUGGUCCCCUGGUGUACUCGAGAUCCAAGCCGACAAAUGUUUUUCGCUCCACCUUCGCAGGAUCGUUGGUGUAUACCACAUCGAUCUCUGUGGUGCCAUGGUAGUCUUUCACCUUCUAAUUCCUGGCUCUUGCAUUCAGUUCCUCUGCAACUUGAUGAAAAAAAUUGCUUUUGUCCGUCUGAAACAUAGAGAAGAUGGCUGUCAAUCUCCCAGUUAGUGUAGUAUUUUUGCAGAUUUGGAUAGAGUAUAUGAAAUGUGAUUUUUGAGAGUUGGA